ACAACCUAGAGAAGCAAAUUGCUCACCGGGGCUGCAGGUGGUGCUUUUCCGCAGAGAUGAUUUCCAUGAACGAGAGGACAAGGCAGCCAAAUGGCACCUGUGCAGGCUUCGUGAACAUGGAACUCUUCCUCCAUUACUCCCUCAUCCCAUCGCUUUUCAUCAUUUUGGUCUUGUCCUUUCUCCAAAGACGGGAGCACUGUAGAAACAGAGGUGACACUUCUUACCUCCUGGGGAACUACUUUGGAAUCAUCAUACCUCUGGACUUCGUGGGCACUUUUAGUAACCGAUGGUCGUAUGGAAUCGCAUUUGGGGCCACAGCCAAUAAGGUCAUGUUCUUGUUCUCAGAAGGCUACCAGUCCCUGCAGGUCCCACAGUGGGCCCAAGCCUUUGUGCUUCUGGUUGGAGGCAUCGAAGUCGGCCUGUCCCACUUCCCCUUCUUUGCUUGCCUCUCGUCAGAGUUCCGGCUGGUGAGCUCCAUCCUGGGCUUCAGCUACUCUCUGAUCUGGUUUGCUGUCACCAUCCUGCACAUCACACAGUGUCCCCAUGGGCAGUUUUUGGGGAGGUACGAAACUGUCAUGUUCUACUGGCCCUCACUGCUGUGCCUGUGCUUCCUGCUGGGCCGAUUCCUACACAUGUUCAUCAAGUCUCUGCGGGUCCACCUGGGCUGGGAGCUCCCCACGGAAGAAAAGCCCUUCCUAGAAAUUCACCAGGCAGAGCACAUCAAGCAGCUCCUGCGGAAGCCGCCCCUGCAAGAGAGAAAAAAGUCUUGGUUCCAAACCAGGAUAUACGAGUGGGACCCCUGCUUUCAGUUCCCAAGCAGAAUGAUCGGAACCACUGUGUUGGCUUUCAUCUGCCUGUACCUUUUUAUUGUCAUGGAGUUCGCCGUGUUCGUGUAUGUGAGAGACAAGCUGGAUGUGUUUGAGAGCAAGUUAGAGAGCUACAUUGCCUCCGUGAACCAGACCGGGACCCUGACCCCAGUCAUCCUGCAGGUGAAAGACAUGAUCCACAUCUCCAAAGGGGUCUGGGUGGUUACCAUUUUGCCUGCCUCCCUCACGUGUGUGAGCUAUCUCUUCCACAUUUUGGCUUGUUACAGAAAGCAUAUGAAGAAAUUGUGGGCAGGAAAUAAACACUUUCUCCCUCUGAAGUUCCAUAAUCCUUCCUCAUCAGGGAGUGUGGUGGCCAUUGCGAGGUACUCUGGCUGGCAAAUAGCUUACAUUUUGUGGGGCUAUUUCAUUGUCCACGUGAUGCAGAGCCUGUGCGGCGUGGUGAUCACGUAUAGCCUGGUGUUACCCAUCGUCCGCAACCAGGGCCUGGAGGUGCUCCGAGGACUGGGCGUCGGGAUCCUCACCAUAUCCAUCGUCCUGGGUCUCAUGAUCCUGCAGGUAUGGAUCGCUGCCAGCUUCUUCCUACAACCAAAGAUGGACACAGCUGACAAGCAGAAGCCCUUGGCACUCAGCAACAGGAAGGCGUUCCACAACUUCAACUACUUUCUGUUCUUCUACAACGUGCUCCUGGGCCUGGGCGCCUGCCUCUCCAGGCUGCUCAUCAGCUGCAUCCUGGGCACGUGGCUGAUUGCCCGCAUCGACAGGACCAUCAUGCAGAAUGGCUACGAGGGAGCAGACAUGGGGUUCAGUGCAUGGGUUGGCAUGCUCUACGUGGACCAUUAUCACACCAACCCAGUGCUCGUCAGCUUUUGUCACAUCCUGAUCACAGGCCACAGGGAGAGGAAGCUGCAGCAGGCCAUCAGAUAUGGGUACCUAAAUCGGUCAGCAGGUCCCCGCAUCUCAGCUAGGUCCAGGACAAGGUGGCUCCUGCUGCAGACCCUGAUCAACAACCCCAGACUGGUCAUGCUCAGAAAAUCAAAACUAGGUCAUGGCUCCCAGGAGUUUACCCAGAUUCUCCUGACGUGCUCAGAGAGCUGA